UCACAUCUACCACUCUCCUUUUACCACUCCAUUGUUGCAGCUCUCCUAUUUCUCUCUCAUAAACCCCCUUUUCCUGUAGAGAUUUUUAAGCCGUAACUAAAUCGUGUAUUCAAAAUGUUGUCUUGAGAUUGUUCAUCAACUGGGUUAAUUUCUUCCUUCUAUAAGCAAAUCAUUUACAGAAAAAGAAACCCACCCAGAUCAGAUUUUUCCUCAUGAAUCGUCAGAGUAGAUUGAAGCAGGAGUAUUCAGCUGCCAUGGAUGCUCCGCAGCCAAUGGCGGGUCUUCACGAUAUAGGUCCCCCGCCUUUUCUAACAAAAACUUAUGAUAUUGUUGAUGAUUUAAGCACCAAUAACAUCAUUUCUUGGAGCAGAGGCAAUAACAGCUUCGUUGUGUGGGAUCCCCAGACGUUUGCCAUGAGUCUCCUCCCAAAAUAUUUCAAGCACAACAAUUUCUCCAGCUUUGUAAGGCAGCUCAAUACCUAUGGGUUUAGAAAAGUUGAUCCAGAUAGAUGGGAAUUUGCUAGUGAAGGUUUUCUGAGGGGACAGAAGCAUCUUCUAAAGACUAUUAGGAGGAGAAAGACAAGUCAAAUGCAGGGUUCACAACAAGCUUUAGACCCUUGUGUUGAAGUUGGAAGGUUUGGUUUAGACGGAGAAGUUGACAGAUUAAGGCGUGACAAACAGGCUUUAAUGGUGGAAUUGGUGAAACUUCGACAACAGCAGCAGACUACUAAAGCUUGCCUUCAAGACAUGGAAGAAAGACUUGUAAAGACGGAGACGAAGCAGCAACAGAUGAUGAGUUUCUUGGCAAGAGCAAUGAAGAAUCCUAGUUUUGUGCAGCAAUUACUAGAGCAAAAAGAGAGAACAAGACAACUUGAAGAUGCAAUCAGAAAAAAGAGAAGGAGACCAAUUGAUCAAGGACCCGAUAAUGUUAUAAUUGGUGAAUUAGGCCAAGGUGGAAGUGAGCUGGAAAAUUUUGUUAAGUUAGAACCUAAAGAAUAUGGUGAUAUGUCUGAAUUGGAAGUCGUCUCUGAGCUAGACAUGCUUGCUAUGGACAUGCAGGGAUUAGAUGAAACUCAAAAUAAUCCACAGCAACAACUUAUGGAAAAUACUUGUGAGGAAUUAGAUGGAAAAAGAAGUAAAGACAAGGACCAAGGUUUCUGGGAAGACUUACUGGACGAGAGUAUGGAAGAAGAAAUGGGGUUGCUUGGUGUUGAAGAAGAAAAUGUAGACGCAUUGGUUGAACAUCUGGGCUAUUUGGGUUCAAGUCCAGAUUAUAGAAGCUAAUUAAUUGAACAUGUUACAAUUUCUACUUGUUUGUUUAAAUGAGAUGAAUGGGAGACUUUCCAUCUUGUAAUAUAACUCUCUAAUUAAUUUCUUGUUUCUCUUACUGAUCAUAAGAGUCUUUUCUUGAUGCCAAAAACCUAGGAAAUUUUAGGUGGGUGUUCUUGGUAUAUUUGGCUUAAGAGAGCGACCAAUAUCGAUCAUUAAAUAGGCUCACCAGAGAAUGAACUCUUGUAUAAGAGAGCAAGAUUAAUGUACUUGCACACUCACACUUUCUUAGCUGUU